AUUAAAUCAUACUAUUCACUUUUCACUUCGUUUUUCAUACCUGUCGACUGUUCUAGUUGAUAGGUUUAUUGUUUGAUUUCUAAGGCAUAAUUUGUUUUCAUUUAAUUGCUAACUUUUAUCGUAUUAAGUUUAAUUAUAAGAUAAAUAAUGUCUCUAUUUAGUGUGUUACCAGCACCUACACAAUUCCUUCAGGAUUUGGAAGAAGAUGACGAGUCUAACGAAACACUUGCAGAGAAAACCAAUACAUUUGAAGUGUAUGCUGUUAAAAUCCCACCAUACGGUAACAGAAAUGGAUGGGUACCAAGGACUGUUGAAGAUUUUGGAGAUGGCGGUGCUUUUCCGGAAAUCCAAGUUGCGCAAUAUCCAUUGAAUAUGGGAAAAGAGAAUAAAGAAUCUGUUUCAAAUGCUCUUGCAUUGCAGUUAACUUCCGAUGGUAAAGUUAAAUAUGAUGUGAUUGCUCGCCAAGGUCAAAGAAAAGAUAAAGUGAUUUAUUCAAAACUAUCUGAUAUGCUUCCAUCUGAGGUGAUCAAUGAAGAUGACCCUUCUUUGCAAAAGCCUGAUUCAGAUGAAGUUGCAGAAAUCACUGAAAAAACAAGAAUAGCUCUGGAAAAGUUGACUAAUUCUAAAGUUUCAGCUGCAUUGCCAGUACGAGCGGCAGAUAAACCUGCUCCUGUUCAAUGGUUCCGUUAUACCCCUACUGAACAAGGAUCAGAAUAUAAUUCAGGAUCAAAACAACGUGUAGUAAGACUAGUAGAGGCUCAGAAAGAUCCUAUGGAACCCCCAAAAUUCAAAAUUAAUAAAAAAAUUCCUCGAGGUCCUCCAUCACCUCCUGCACCAUUAAUGCAUUCUCCAACUAGAAAGACAUCUGUUAAAGAACAGAAAGAAUGGAAAAUUCCACCGUGUAUAUCCAAUUGGAAAAAUGCCAAAGGUUAUACAAUUCCAUUAGACAAGAGAUUAGCUGCUGAUGGUCGAGGUUUACAACAAAAUCAUAUUAAUGAAAAAUUUGCUAAGUUGGCUGAGGCUUUAUACAUAGCUGAUCGUAAAGCCAGAGAAGCUGUUGAAAUGAGAGCUCAGUUGGAAAAGAAAAUGGCACAAAAAGAAAAGGAAAAGAAAGAGGAACAUCUUAGAGCAAUGGCUCAAAAAGCCAGAGAAGAAAGAGCAGGUAUUCGGCUUCCUGGAUCUGCUAAGAAUGAUGAAUCUCGUGAACGUGAUCAAUUACGUUUGGAGCGUCAAAAAGACAGAGCUCGUGAUCGUAAUCUUGCCAGAAAUGCUGACAGCCGUAAAAACAAAGUAUUACGAGAUCGAGAUAUAAGUGAACAAAUUGCUCUUGGACUCCCAGCGAUCACUAGAAAAACUGGAGAUACUCAAUAUGAUCAACGUUUGCUCAAUACAACAGCUGGUAUGGAUACUGGAUUUGGAGAUGAUGAAGAAUAUAAUGUGUACGAUAAACCUUGGCGUGGAAACAGCUCAUUGGCUCAACAUAUUUAUCGUCCAUCUGCUAAUAUUGAUAAAGAUGUGUAUGGUGAUGAUUUAGAGAAAAUUGCUAAGACAAAUAGAUUUGUCCCCAACAAAGAAUUUAGUGGAACAGAUCGUGAUCCUAAAGCUAGUGGUCGGUCUGGCCCUGUUCAAUUUGAAAAACAUCAACAAGAAGAGGAUCCAUUUGGUUUGGAUCAGUUCUUGACUCAAGCCAAGCAUGCGUCUAAAAGGUCUCAACCACAACAACAAGAUCGUGAUAAACGCCGUAGAAAAGAUUAAAUCUUAUUUUCUAUUUGAAUUCAAAACUGUUUUUGUAUCCAUUUCUUUAAUAAUGUAUUAAAUUUUUAUUUUAAUAACUAGCUUUUAAACAUUCAGUAAAAUAUCAGAAAAUUAAUAAAAAGUACUUUAUUUCCAUAACAAUGUUAAAUUCUUUAGUAUGAAAAUCUUUUAAAAAUAAAUCAAUUUCUUACUUGCAUUGUCCACAGAUACUGUAAUAUAUAUUUAAACAUAUGUGAUUUUAUUAGUCACAUUAUUUUGUUUCAAAUCAUAGCAAUAAAAACAAUUAAAACUAAAAAAAAUCUAAAAACUGGCUGGUCCCAGCUUGUGUAUGUAUCCCCUUUUAAAAUUAAUUAUCAUUACAUAAUCAAAACCAUUUCUGUAAUCUUAAGUAUUAAUAAACAUAGUGAGUUAACUAUUAA